GAACUUUGUCUCACGACUUUGAGCUCGACUUCUUGCCUUUCAAUGAGCACUUUCACGACGUUGUCUCCUACUUGAGUUUCCGUCUAUCGCGUGGCUGUAUAGGAGGAAUAUCCACCAGUCGAAAAAUGGCAAGCCGACGCGUAGUCCACGAUGACCUCCCGUUUGAACCCAUGGAUCUGCAAGUCAUCGGUAAUCACCCGGAGCACGUCGACGAGUCCAUGCUCUCCAUCUCUAUCAGCACAAAGGAUCGCCUCGACCUUGGAGACGUCGAGGCUGCUGCCCCUAAAGCCACGCUCGGCGCUCUGAGCCCGUUACCCACGGAGCUGUUCGACUUUGUAGUGCAGGAUUCCGACUUGCGCACAGUCGCGGCACUGCGUCUCGUAAACAGGCGUGCACGUACGAGCGUUGACGCCUCCGCGCCGUACAAGUACCUCCUCCGACACGCGCCUCACAUCGUCGCCGCGCUCGCGCAGACAGGGAUCUCGUCAUUCUUCACGGUGGAUCAGGUCUUCCAGGUGCUUUGCAGCAACAGAUGCGUCCAGUGCGAUAAGUUCGGUUCCGUGCUCUUCAUCCCCGAGUGCCUGCGCUGCUGCUUCAGCUGCUUGCAGAAUGUGUCGUGGAUGAUGCCCAUGACCGAGAGCGACGCAAAAGCCGUGUACGGGCUCACCAGGCGCGCACUGGUGGACGUCCCGAGCAUGCUGUCUCUCCCCGGAACCUACACGUUCGAGUCCCUCGCCCAUCGCAAGCGCUUCCGGUUAUACAGCUAUAGGAUGGUCGAGCUUCACGGGGACGCCGACGUUGUGCUGCGGUACUUGAACAAGGAGGGACUAUCGGCGAGAAACCAGUCCUGGCGCCGCCUGUGGGAGCCCGCCCGGAAUGGCUCAAAGUUCAUCACGUCCGCGCGGUUCAUGGCGGGCAUCUCCAUCCCCUGGUUCGACACCGUGACGCGCACGACGUACGCCGGGUAUGCGUGCCGGGGGUGCCAGUUGCGGGUUAUGAGGCGGCUGAAGCAGGGCAUUGACGUGGCGUUGGUCCCCGAGCUUAUGUGUCGGCAGUACCGCAUGUACCUGGAGGACGAGCUGCUCGAGCACGCGAAGCACUGUCCGGAGGCACAGGAAAUAUCCGCACUCGCCAACCUCUCGCGCAAGCUCAGCACUCAGGGUAGCCCGGUGACAGAAGAACAGAGUCAACUCCUCGAGCAAAUGGCACUCGAUCUCAUAGUGUAGUGAUGAUUGCCAGGCUGCGCUCGCGUCGUCUGGUUGAAUUACACCAUUUAGCCGCCCAUGACAGCGCUGGCUCGCACAGCUUCGGGACAACAGCACAUAAUGCCGGAACGGCUUCAGCGGACGGCCUUGCGACAUCUUUGGUCCGCAGCCAGCUGAAGACGUCCUUGACGGAUAGUAUUCUUAGGCCUUUGAUCAUGUUCGUUACGGUAGGGUGUCCACCAGUAUGCUUACAGGAUAAACAGAUGAGAUGCGGAUCCGGUGACUACAUGUCAAACUACAGCGUAAUCAAUAUGUACCACGAUGAAUCGAUGACCCCUGCGCUAUCGCGCCGUUGC